AUGUCAACCAUCCCGGCCUCGGCCCUGCAAUCGGGGUCUCCGCCCAUCAUCCCGCUGCCGUUCAACGCCAAACAGCCCGAGAAGGUGACGCUGUAUCCGCUAUCCAACUACACAUUUGGCGUCAAGGAGACCCAGCCCGAGGAGGACCCUUCCGUCAUCGCCCGCCUGAAGCGCCUGGAGGAGCAUUUCAACGAGCAUGGCAUGCGCCGCACCUGCGAGGGCAUCCUCGUGUGCCACGAGCACAACCACCCCCAUAUCCUGAUGCUGCAGAUCGCAAACGCGUUCUUCAAGCUGCCCGGCGACUACCUGCGGCCCGAGGACGACGAGGUCGAGGGGUUCAAGGCUCGGCUGGACGAGAGGCUUGCGCCGGUAGGCCGAUUGGGCGAAGGUGAGGAGGCGGGCGACUGGGAGGUCGGUGAAUGCCUUGCGCAGUUCUGGCGGCCAAACUUCGAGACCUUCAUGUAUCCCUUCAUCCCUGCGCACGUCACGCGGCCCAAGGAGUGCAAGAAGUUCUACUUUAUCCAGUUACCAAAGAGCAAGGUUCUCAGUGUGCCGAAGAAUAUGAAGCUUCUCGCCGUCCCCCUGUUCGAACUGUACGACAACACCGCCAGAUACGGACCGCAACUGUCUGCUAUCCCACACCUCCUCAGCCGCUACAACUUUGAGUUUGUCGAUGAGAACGGCGAUGUUGUCGCCGCGACCCCUGGUUCAGGUGCCCCCGACGGAUACGUGCCUAAAUCCAAGGUUCUGGCUGGGGACGAUACGGACAUGGUUGAGGAAAACGGGACGCAUUGA